AUAAGUUAAUCAAUCGAAAAGCGUGAUACAAUUGUUUAAUCGUCAAUUUAUAAUUAAUAAAUCUACGAUGGAUGAUUUUCGUGAUAGAACGAUUUUUCGAAUUUUUAAUUCAGUAAUUGAUGGAACUUCACAAUACAUUGCUGCUUGCCCUCCACGUGAAAAAUUGAGCUGGAAUACAUUUUGGAGUAAUUUGAAUAGAAAAAAUGUAAAUAAAAAAGAAAUUAAUCAAAUUAAAGAAGAACAUAAAAUACCUGAUGAAAUUUACAAACCCCCUGAGAAAACAAAUGUUGUAGCUGAUAUUGAAGCUUUGUGUGGAACGACUUAUUGUAACAUAAAAAUGCAGGAUCCAUGUGAAAUAUGUUGCUGUACAAUAUGUAGAGCAGAAGAAGAUUCGCCAUGUGAUGGUGUUCCACAAGGUCAGCGUCAAUCAAUAUGUGAAUGUCAUCCGGAAGAAAAAUAUAAAAAAGACCAUGAGUGUUGUGACGCAUGUGAACAUCAUGGAUUAAACAGAGUUUAAUAAAACUAAAGCAACUCCAUCUCCUGAUGUUUAUAUAAAUAUAUUUACGAUAUAUUUAUUUUGAUACUCUAUCAAAUUUUCAUUGUGAUUAUACUACGGAACACAAGUUGUGAUUUUGUAUUUCAAACUUGUCAAGAUCUUGACCUUGACCUUGACCUUCAAUUUAUCUUGAAAGGAUUAUUGGCAUGAAUUAGAAUAUUUGGAAGUAAACUCACGAAGUCUAAAGACGACGAAUAAGACAUAGAAAUAUUACGAUAAUACAUACUGAAUAUAUUAUAUUAUUGUAUCAAUAAUCAAAGUUAAUAUUUAUCCAAAUCCAUUGUUCUUUAUUGUUGAACAUUAAUGUCAUGAGUUGAUUUGAAAUCGAUUAAAUUACAGACGAAUAAUGAUACAAAAAUUAUAUGGUUAAUUAAUUUUUCAAAAAAUUUCAUAAUUGUUCAAAGAAAUAAGUGAAUGAUUUUAUUAGCAUCACUCCUUUAAAUAAUAUUAUAUAAUAUACACGGAUGAUUUCAGAAACAGGUGGGGAUGCUUUAGGCGAUUUCAAUUCAAAUAGCUGACGCCUUGACUGUCUGUGAGCAUUACUGCUAGGAUUACCGUUCGGUUGAUUUCUCUGAUCAUAAUUAACGGAACUUAAGAAGUUUUCUGGAUUCGAGUUAUUUGAGGUCGUUGCCAUCAUGAAUGAACAAAUUUUAUAUCGAAUUUGCGUGAUUUUUGCGGUUGUAAGCAUUAUAAAUGCAGCUAGUCUUGAUUCACAAAUAUUAGAAGAUUUCAAAUCAUUGAUGGACGUUUCCAGGAGUAUUAAUCAAUUUUCAAACAAGUUUUAUGAGGCUCUGUCAAAGGAUGAAUCUAAAAAUAUUAUUACAUCUCCAUUGAGUGCAGCUAUGGUUUUAAGAAUGGUUGCUUAUGGUGCUCGAGGUAAAACUAGCAAUGAAUUAUCAUCAAUAUUACAUUUCAAUAUAGAUGAUGAGAGUCAAAAACGUGGAGUUCAGAAUCUUAUAACAGAGCUUAAUGACGUAAAAAAUGUUAAUUUGACUUUAGCGAACAAAGUUUUCUUGGCUAAAGGAUUGAAAGUAAACCCUGAAUAUUUAAGGAUUACAGAAACAAUAUUUCAUUCAGUGACCGAGACAGUUGACUUCACAAAUUCUUUAGCUGCAAGUAAUUCAAUUAAUAAUUGGUGCGAAAGGCAAACUCAUUCACACAUAAAAGAUAUUGUUAAACCAGAUGAUUUUGAUGCCGCCACUGCACUUGUCCUUGUAAAUGCAGUCUAUUUUAAAGGCAAUUGGUUGAAUAAAUUCAAUAAAAAUGAAACUCAAUUGAGAAACUUUUAUGUCGACAGUCAAACUGUAAAAAAAGUACCAAUGAUGCAUAGAUUGGGCAGUUAUCGUUAUGGCUUUCUUCCUGAAGUUGAUGCAAGAUUUAUUGAAUUGCCAUAUGAGUCUUCUGAUGACAGUGACUUAUUAAAAAUGGUUAUUAUUUUACCAAACAAUAUUGAUGGACUUCCUAAAGUUGAAGCUAGUCUUCAUAAAUUCAAUCUAUAUCAAUAUUUAUCUGGAGAGUUUCACGAAGUAGAUCUAUUCAUGCCUAAAUUUAAAAUUGAGAGUUCAAUGGAUCUAAAAGAUCCUCUUGAAGCUAUGGGAUUAAUAGAAAUAUUCCGUGAUACAGCUGAUUUCACUGGCAUUGUUGAUUCUCCUCCAUUAAAAGUUGGAAAAGUUAUUCAAAAAGCAUUUAUUGAAGUUAACGAAGAGGGAAGUGAAGCUACGGUUGCUACUGUGUCUGAUCUCCAAAACAGAGUAGGCGAUGAAGAUUCAAUAAAACAAACAGUUAAUUUUAUAGUUGACAAGCCUUUUAUAAUGCUUAUUACAAAUAUUAAUACCAUUAUUUUCAAUGGACGAUACACAGUAUGAGAUUCAAAUUUAAAGAAAGUAACAAGAAAAAAUAAGUGUAAAAAUGAACUUCAUAAUGAAUAUUUAUUAUAUCUAGAUUAAGUAAACUCUUAAUAUUUUAUUAGAAUUUUUAUACUAGUAACGAUC